AUGCCCGCUUCUGUAACGUUCACUGGAGACGACGAUGCCAAUGCAAAAGAAAAAUUAAAAAUAAUAUCAAAUGGAAAUACAAAUAAUAUAGGUAUUACUAACAGUGGUCGUUCAUGUCAUUUACCAAAAACUUUUGGAGAAAAAACGGAAGUAAAUUUAUGCGACGAUGAUGAUAUUAAUAACACUGGUGAUAGCCGGCGUGAAAACGAUAAUAGUCAAGCACCUGCUGAUAAAAUAAUCUGUCCUGAUAUGGAAAAACUUCAUCCAGAUAGUUUGAUAUCUCUACCAGGAUCACUAAAACUCAGUAGCUCACCACAAUGUGAACAGGGGAUUUUUAUCGAAUUGUCUGAUGACGAGGAAGUUUCGAGUUCUAUUCCUGAUACCGACAGUGCUGCUGAUCAACAAGCAAAUUGCAGUUACGACAAGACUAACAUACAGUUUAACAUUAGUGCUAA